AUGUUUCCCACGUUCGUGCGACGAGCGGCUGAAGCAGCCGGCUCUAAGCUCAAUGUCUUCAACAACCCGUAUCGGACGAAAAAGGUGUGGCCUCCUAACUUCACGAAUCUCCCGCCUCAGUCACAGCUUCGAUUCGAAAAGAAGUACAAGCGACGUCUAGCGCUGGUGUAUGCGCGGCCGCGAUGGAACAAGGCCGUUAAGCUCGCUCAGCUGGCGACAGUUCUUGGUUUUCUUGGCUGGACGUUCUUCUUCUCCGAGCUGGAGUUUUUUGGCAAGCAGUAUAGGCCUUCCGAAGAGAUCACGAACUCUGCUCACUUUUAUAACCAGAUCCGCAAACGCUUUCGUGGCCUAUUUGGCGUCAUCGAUGCCGAUAAACGAUACGAGAGACGCAGAGAUGCGCCCGAAGCACCCGCUCCCGCCGAAACGACCAAAUAA